AGAAUGUCUAUGGAAGAGGUUUAUUAAUGUUUUGUUAUUUUCGUAUCAGAUUUUUUGUUGAUCUUAUAUUUAUAAUGUCUAAUGAUUACAUUUCUGUGGUUAAAAUCCAAACAAGUUGUAAUACGAUACGGGGUCUUAAAUAAUUAAAAGUUAAAAAGUUUUUUCCAUUCAGUCAAUUAUAAUUUUUUUGCAAAAUAUUGUAUCUAAAAAUUGUAAUAUGUUUGCUUAAUUUAUUUAUUAGAGAUUUACUUGGUAUUGGACUUUACAAUGAGUACAUUGGAGGAUAAAAUUCUUGGUGAAAAGUCUCAGUAUUAUUGUAGCAGUAGUGAGGAAAGCGAUAAUGAACAAGAUGAGGAAAAAGAGGGAUCAAAUACCACAACAAAAGAUAAUGAAGAUAUCUCGAAUUCGGAUAUUAAUAAAUGGGAAGGUACUUCAACAAACACAGGCCCAAAGGGAGUUUUGAAUGAUUGGCAGAAAUACAAGCAAUUGGAGCAUGAAAAAAAAAUUAAAGACCAAGGAGAACAAAUUGAAAUGAUGAAAAAGCUAACAUUCACUGUAAGAACAUCCCUUGAAGAAGAAAGAGAAAAAACCGCCUUAGAAGACCCCGAAUUAGCAGAGCUACUUAAUGAUGAUUUUUUAUUAACUUAUCAGAAGAAGAGAAUGCAAGAGAUGAUUGAUAACACAAACAUUAGAUUAAAAUUUGGUAAUUUAUUCUAUUUGAACAACGGUCAUGAAUUCUUGGACGCUAUUGAUAAAGAACAUAAAGCUGCCACAAUUAUUGUUCACAUCUAUGAAGACACUGAAGCCUGUAGGACAAUGAACCUUUGCCUUAAGUCUCUCUGCAAACUUUAUGAUAAUGUUAAAUUUUGUUGUAUGAAAGGUUCAGCCGCCGGUAUCAGUCAGCAGUUCAAAUCUGAUGGUGUGCCCGCUAUUUUGGUAUACAAAGCUGGAAAUCUUGUUGGAAACUUUAUCAGGUUAUCUGACGAGCUUGGCAACAAUUUUCUACCAGAAGAUGUACAAAAUUAUUUAGUUGAACAUGGAUUACUUGAAGACAAAUCCUGCACCCCUGAGUUGAUAUCCAGUGCAGAUAACAAUAUUGAUAGUGAUUGAAGGGGAAUUUUGAGAACAUUGUUGAUUAAAAAAAGAUUUUUUCAGCAUCCUCAACUGAAA